CGCCGCUUUCCUGGCCUUCUGGGUAAUGUAGUUUCCGAGGGCGGCGCGCGGCCUUGGUUCUCCCAGUGGAGACCACCCGGAGUGGACACCACUGCGAUCCGCCGAGCAGGCGCCGCCUGCGGGACCAGAGUCUCUGAGGAUGUCGGCGGUGCUCCGGAAACCCAAGACGUUCAAGCUGCGGUCCCUGCAUAGUGAGAAGAAGUUUGGGGUGGCGGGCAGGAGCUACGAGGAAGUGCUGCGGAAGGGGUGCCAACACUUGCAGCUCCCCGUCCCUGGUUCCCGCCUGUGUCUCUAUGAGGAUGGCACAGAAUUGACUGGAGAUUACUUCUGGAGUGCCCCCGACAACUCGGAGCUCGUGCUUCUCACUGCCGGCCAGACCUGGCAGGGCUUCGUGAGUGACAUCAGCCGCUUCCUGAGCGUGUUCCAGGAGCCGCACGCAGGCGUCAUCCAGGCUGCCCGGCAGCUGCUCUCGGACGAGAAGGCCCCACUGCGGCAGAAGCUGCUGGCUGACCUGCUGGGCACCGUCAGCGAGAACAUCAUGGCCGAGACCAGGGCCGAGGACCCGCCGUGGUUUGAAGGCUUGGAGUCCCGGUUUAGGAGCAAGUCUGGCUAUUUGAGAUACAGCUGCGAGAGCCGGAUCCGGAGCUACCUGAGAGAGGUGACCUCUGGCGCCUCCCUGGUUGGCGCAGAGGCUCGUGAAGAGUACCUGCGGCUCGUGGGCUCCAUGCAGCAGAAGCUCCAGGCCACCCAGUACAACAGCAGCUACUUUGACCGAGGGGCAAAGGCCGGCCGCCGGCUCUGCACCCCCGAAGGCUGGUUUUCCUGCCAGGGUCCUUUUGACGUGGAUGACUGUACCUCCAGACACUCCAUCAACCCCUACAGUAACAGGGAGAGCCGUGUCCUCUUCAGCACUUGGAACCUGGACCACGUAAUAGAAAAGAAGCGAGCGGUUGUGCCCGCACUGGCCGCAGCCGUCCACAACGCGGAGGGGAGAGAGGUGGACUGGGAGUACUUCUACCGCCUGCUCUUCACCUUGGAGAACCUCAAGUUAGUCCACAUUGCCUGCCACAAGAAGACCACCCACAAACUCCACUGCGACCCCAGCAGGGUCUACUGCGCCCCAGCGGCACCGCGGAGGAAGCGGCCUGCGCGCCAGCGCCCGUGAGGCGGCCUGCAAGUGUGUGCAGCCUUCCAACAGGUGCUACUUCACGCAGCGUGUAGGUUGAACCCGUGCCCCUGCAUUGGAAGCACAGAAUCUUCACUGCUGGACCACCAGGGAAGUCUCAGGGGCUUGGUUUUUUUGGCCACUCCAAUAUUCUUGGAAAAAACUUGAAAACAUUGUCCUACAGACUCUGGUUGGAGCACAUUUCUGAAGCUGUUUUCUGACCUCUGUGAGCUCAGCUGCCAGAGGACAAGUCUGGGGGCUCCCGGGAUGCCCGGGGUCAGGAGCGGCGGCCCUGAGGCUUCACCUGUGUGAGUGCAGUGUCCCCCAUCGGGUAGAUUCCCCCCUUGCCCGGCCACUUGGGCGGACUUUGGGGAACUUGUGAGUUUAGACUACAGCUCCAUGGGCCUCCACUCCCCAGGCAAUGCAGCGCCCCUUCCUCAGGCCUCUUCUGAAUGCUUUAAAGAGUUGUGACUCUUUUGAGGUAAAAUACAAGGAUAUUUUUCACUGCUGUACUGUUCCCAACAGCAAACAGUGGGAAAUCCUCCAAAUGUCUGGAGAGCUGAUUGUGGCAUGACACUGGACCAUAGGAAAUUGCUGUUUUUAUGGGUCAGAAACAGCAGAUUAAUUUCAUGAUUCAACCUGAUACCUCUACCGAACACAAAAUGCUGUAGCAGUUUUAGGCAUUUUGUGAGAUGUGGGAAGCUGCCUGUUAAGCGUACAGGCGAGGAAGGUGGCUUGGCCAUGUCCAGUGUGACAUGCGUGUGUAUCACAUGCCUGUGCUGGUCAUGCAGAGACUGUCACAAAGGGACACACAGCAUGUGAACAGCAGGAAUCCUGGGGGGUGGAGUGGGGUGCUAUUGAAUCACAAAGGACCAAUUUUCUAAACCAUGAAUUUUAUGAUACUUGAAGAUUUUGAAAUGAUUUCAUAAUUUUUUAAAAUUUACUUUCUAAAGUCACAUUUUGUAAUACUUGAAUUUUUAUUCUUACUGUAUAAUCACAAAAGCAAUAAAGAUUUAAAAAAAUAA